UAGACAACCGUUACGUCUUCGAGAUCUGGACGGACACGCCCUCCCCCCUCCCCCCUCGCCGACCUCUUCGCCGCCGUCGAGAUCCGCUCCUCCCAGCCUCCCCGCCGCGGCCGGAGAGGGUUGGUAAUGCUAUCGAGCUACGUUCGAUCUGCAGGCGAGCAGCGCGGUGCGGCAGUUUCGUGGGCGAUGGGGCGGAUGGGGAGCGACGCGCAGUUCUACGACGACCGCGACCGACCGACGACGCCUCCGUAGACUCCCGAUUCGACGCCGACAGGUCGACGCGCUCUUCCCGCAGCUGGUCAAGAAUGGGGCGGCGGUGGGGCAGUCGUCCGAGAUGAAGCUCGUCUACCUCUAACUGCUCCGAGACCCGGAGAAGCGAGCCAACCUUUUCCUGGUAACAGAGCCAGGUCGGAGUAAUAACGUGCCAGAAUAAAGCUCUCCUUUCCAUUAGCAUAUUCAAGAAUGAUUUAUCACACAUAAAGGUGACGUCUUGGGCCUUACACGCCAUGGCUUCAGAUUGCAUUCGUUGCUCUGAUUGUAUCAGACUAUCUGUUGCUGUAAAGAAAUGUCUCAAGGAUCCAUCGCCAUAUGUUAGGAAAUGUGCGGCAUAUUCAUGUGCUCUACAACUUGCUUCCAGAGGAAGACACAACUUUGGAGGAGAUAGUGAAAAUUCCCCUCGGGUAGUGGGAGCUGCUGCUGUUGCAUUUAGGUCGGCUUGUCUGAAUCGACGGCCUCAGACUCCAGCCGAUGCAGUUGCGACCCUGCCUCUAGAUCAGCUCGCCAACCAACCAGUUACUGCUGUCUUCAAUCAGUCUCCACAAUCCCCGACAACCUCCGGCCGUCAUCAGCAUCAUGCUCCAGCCACCACUCAUCUUCUACCCUGUUCAUCUACUACCAUGUCCGCCAUACACCUCAUGCACCAACCCUAGCAGUGGGUUGAGUACAGCCUCGAUGGCUCAUGGACCACACACUCCUGGCUUGCUUCCAGAUGCUUCAUAGUUCAUCACCCACAAAGCUAGCUCCCAUGAAGCUAUGACUCGACACAUGCAACCAGAACAUAAUUAUGCUGCGGGAGAUAAACUAGUUAUGAAGAAUUUCAUGAUUACACCUGGAUCUAGCACUUCUCAAAUGGAGCAGAGAUCCUCUGAUCACAUUGUUCUUGAUGUAAAUGAUGAUAACAUAGAUAAUGGGCAAUGCCACCAUUUCUCCAUAAGUGGGUAUGUUCGUGAGAUGCAGAUGAAUGACUCAAAUUUCCGUUCACUAUUUGAUGACCACAUCAAUUCAUUGCUAGUUACUACAAAAACAUUUCGACGAUGGUAUUGCGAAAGCUGCAGGGAUAAAUUGGAACCAUUAUAUAAUAAUACCAGCACACCAGCUAGAAUGUUGAAUGGAUUUGCACGAGGACAACAUGACGUCCCCAAGGAAUUAUCGCAAGAGAAGGGUUCUGAGGGAUGUCGUUCACCUUCCUACAAUAUAGAAUCCAUGAAAGUAGAUCGAGUUGUAAAUGAUUCAUAUGAGUCAACACCGAUUAAUCAGAAGAACGGUGCUGCAAAAUGUCAUUCACCAGUGUUCAAAACCUACAAGAGAAGGAAGAACACCAAAGUGCACGAAGUUAUAAAUAAUAGUUCUUUUGUGGAAUAUCAAGAUACCUCUGGCAUGGCUUCAACUUUUGCCCAUGCAUUACCGUCUUCGAGCAGUUAUAAGUCGGAAAAGGCAGCACAAAUAAGUAUUGAACCCCGGAACCAGAGUGCAUUAAAUCUGAUCCAGGUAAAUGGUUCCCGAUCCAUAUUAGAAACAAAGGCAGGAAAUAUGUUUGAUCCAAGAAUGUCAGGACCUUCGACGGGUUACUAUACAAGUGACCAUAUGCAGGGAAGACAUCUUCAUGGAUCAGUAGACUUGUGGAAGCACACAUGCUUCACACAAUGUGAAGCGUCUACAGGGAACAUGCCAAGCCGUUGUCUACUUCCUAAUUCAUACCAUUUGCAUGAUCAGUAUGAUGUAGAAAAUUUCAUAUGGUACAGAGACAGCAACAUCAUCAAUGAAAGUUGUGCACCGACCAUGGAUAUUUCUGCAAAGUAUCAACAUCCACAUUGUCCCAGUAAACCAUUUCGCCCUGUUCCUAGGAUUGGUGUGCUCAGUCCCAUGUUGCAGAAAGAAGUCACAACAUAUUCGGAGAGCUGCGGAACACAGUCUGGCUACCGACUAGGCAUGUCUGAGGAGGAAAUGCCUUGCCAGAUGUACAGAGGGGAAAACUCGGCAUCAAGCUCACAAAAAUUCCGGGCAACGUACAACCCCCAACAUUUGGGUCAUGUCAACUCUGUUGGAAUACCAGAACUUCUGCCGGAGAGGGAGAAUUCACAUUCAAGCAAAGGCAAAAGCAAAAUGGUAUAUUCUUCGGACAAAUCUGCACAACAGGAUAUAUGUGCUCAGGCUCUGUCUCUCUCUGGUGUGGCCACAAAUGCUGCAACUCGUGGAAGGAGUUGAAAGUUACAUGAUGAAGGCAUGUAACCUUGCAUGUGCCUUAACGUGUCAAGUGCAUAAUCUUUUUUGUUUGAAAGCGCAUACAUGUUUUUGGUUGUCUUGUCAAGUUGUGUGGAAGGAGUUGGAUUAUCACCAUAGUAUGAGUUGGUUGUCUUGUACUCUAUAAUGUUUUGACAUGUAAUGUCUCGGAGUCGGGUACCAAACGUGGGUCGUUGAAUAAGUGUAAUUUGUACACCUGUGAAUUGAUGUUUUUUCAUCCUUCCAAGACUCUAUAUUCCACCUGAUAUUUUGUUAA